AGCGCGCAGAAUGGCACAGUUGAUUUCCUGUGCGCAGUAACGCCGAGCGUGUGAGUGGAGCGACAUCAAAAGCGCGCGCUGGAGAAACAAGAGCUGUGCACGCAAGACUCAACUGCAGUCACACAAAGUCACUUUGACGGGCUCUUCCCGUGGGUCAGCGCCAGCAGUGACUUUAUACACCUCUCAUGUAUUUAAGUCCGCCAACUCCAGGAGCGAUAAAAGUGGCAUUUGAGCGUCACCACCGGAGGUAAAUUAUAUAUUUUGAGUCCUUUUGACAUUUGGCGUUGCUAGUUUCUUGGCUCUCCCGUUGCGUCUUCCGGAGAUACAACAACACGCAUGCCACGCGCAUUUGGGUCCGCGUUGGUGAUGCCAUGCCCCGCAACCACAGCGGAGAUGAGGCCGGCUCCGGCCUCUGGAUGAACACCUCUCCAGGGCACCACGCCGAAAGUUACGGAUUGCAUAAUGUGGAAUGUGAUAAUAGAAUGAAGAACAAUUGUUCGCGGCCGGGGGACGGCCUGUUGUCCGCAUCUCAUGCCGGCACAGGUGCAUCGGGCACGGAGAGAGACCGCGGGAAGCAAGGCGCUCGGCUGAGUCUGCUCGGGAAGCCGCUGGUGUACGGCACGCAAAGCGGCCGGAGAAACGCGCGCUACAGAAGGAUUCAGAACUACCUGUACAACGUGCUGGAGAGACCCAGAUCAUGGGCUUUUAUCUACCACGCUUUCGUGUUUGUGCUGGUGUUUGGGUGCCUGGUUCUGUCUGUCUUCUCUACUAUUCCAGAUCACCAGGAAAAGGCCUCUCAGAGUCUUCUGAUUUUGGAGUUUGUGAUGAUCGUUGUGUUUGGGCUGGAGUACAUCAUUCGUAUCUGGUCUGCUGGUUGUUGUUGCCGGUACAGAGGAUGGCAGGGACGACUUCGCUUUGCAAGGAAGCCUUUCUGUGUCAUAGACAUAAUAGUGCUGAUUGCCUCAGUUGCUGUGGUUUCGGCGGGGAGUCAAAGCAACAUUUUUGCAACGUCUGCACUGCGAAGCUUAAGAUUUUUACAAAUCCUGCGAAUGGUACGCAUGGACCGCCGCGGAGGAACUUGGAAGCUUCUGGGAUCUGUAGUUUAUGCACACAGCAAGGAACUGGUCACUGCCUGGUACAUUGGGUUCCUUGUGCUCAUCUUUUCCUCUUUCCUGGUUUAUCUGGUGGAAAAGGAAUCCAAUACAGACUUUGCCACCUAUGCUGAUGCAUUAUGGUGGGGCACGAUCACUCUGACCACUAUUGGUUAUGGAGAUAAGACUCCAAAAACCUGGACAGGACGAAUGCUGUCUGCUGGCUUUGCUUUGCUCGGCAUCUCCUUCUUCACACUGCCUGCGGGUAUUUUGGGUUCAGGUUUUGCCUUGAAGGUUCAAGAACAGCACAGACAGAAGCACUUUGAGAAGAGAAGGAACCCUGCUGCCUGCCUCAUACAGGCUGCAUGGCGAUAUUACUCCACAGAUGGUAGUCGUCCUUACCUUCAGGCCACUUGGCAUCAUUAUGAGUCUACAAUUCCUAUCCGGAGUCAGAAACUGAGUUUUAAGGACCGGGUAAGAAUGGCAAGUCCACGUGGACAAAGCAUUAAAAGCAGGCAGACGUCUGUUACGGACAGACGCUCGCCUGGAGCUGAAAUCAGCACUGAUGGAUCGAGUCCUGCCAAGGUUCAGAAGAGUUGGAGCUUUAAUGACCGCACCCGAUUCAGGCCCUCCCUCCGUCUCAAGAGCCAAUCACGUGCUGCUAACGUUGCUGUGGAUGAGGCUUUUGAUGAGAAAGGAUGUCAUUGUGACAUGUCGGUGGAGGAUCUGCCGCCUGCACUGAAGACCGUCAUCAGAGCAGUGAGGAUCAUGAAAUUCCAUGUGGCAAAGAAGAAGUUUAAGGAAACUCUGCGGCCAUAUGAUGUGAAGGAUGUAAUAGAGCAAUAUUCAGCUGGUCAUCUGGACAUGCUCUGCCGAAUCAAGAGUCUGCAAACCAGGGUUGAUCAGAUUCUUGGUAGGGGCCAGAUGCCUGUGGAUAAGAAGGUCAGAGAAAAGCUGUUAUCUGACGGAGACAUUCUGGAAGAUGUGAGCAUGCUGGGAAGGGUGUGCAAGGUAGAAAGACAGGUACAAUCUAUUGAGUCUAAGCUGGACUCUUUGCUGGACAUCUACCGGCAGGUUCUGCAGAAGGGUUCUUCAACAGCCCUCACUUUUUCCUCUCUUCCUCCUUUUGGUUUGGAGGAGACUUCAGAUUAUCAGAGCACCAUCCUUAGUAAGGAUCUCUCCUGUGCGUCGCAGGUCAGCCAGUCCAUCUGUGGCAAUCACCCUAGGGCCCUCCAGCUAAUUUUAGCCCCCAAUGAACUCAUGAACCUCAACCAGAACAACUCCACAACAUCUUCUCCAGGACUCAACCCAGUCUCCGCCUCCCCUUUUAACCCAUCAACCUUCCAGGUUCCUUCAACCCCAUCACUGGAGUGUCCGUCAGGACAAGGCAGUCCAUCUCAGAUCCUAAGCGCCAACAGUUUUCACUCUUCUAUAGGCCAUUUUCCAUGUGUGGGUCAACCAGCUCCACCUCUCCCAUCCACAACCUCUUCAAAAUUUCAACUUCCCACUGUUCCUUCACAAGCAGGCCAUGCCCGCAGUAUGGGACCCACUAGGUCGGAUCCCGCAGACUAUGCCAAGUCUUGCUUCAGAGGAGUUGGGAUAGACCUUGGCCUCAACUCUAGUAUGAUCUGCAAGCUUCAGCAGAAAAACAGACCCAGUGCUAAAGAGGACAGUUCCUGGAGGAGACAUAUAAGCCUGGAUUCAGAGGUGGAGAUAGACCCCCUUGCUCCAGUCUCACCUCUUGCCCCAGUUCAAGGCCAGUGCAGUGGGGACAGAGGACUCGGGAAGUCCCUAUCCGUGCAGGAUCUCAUUCAACCGGCUUUGGAGGGUCUGGGUGUGGACACGCAUUCUAGCCAGGCUAGUUUCUCCACCAGCAUCAGCAGCAGCCAGGACUCAUCAGCUGGUGGUAUUGAGAUGGGUGCAGGGGGCUGGGGAGAAGCUGAUCUCUUCAUCAGCGAUAGAGACUUGGAGACCUCAACAAAGACACAUACUCAAGGGUUUGACUUUCUCUCCCAGGCCCCCAUUGAUGCGUCCUACUCCUCCGAGCUGCUUAGGACAAGCACUACGGCUGGUGCUAGUCACAGCCUAGCAAGUGGACAUCCAUCCAACACAGGCAGCAAUGAGACUAUUAAUAUGCCACAUGUUCGGCUAAAAUAACACUCUCUUAAGGAGUUGCACACUCUUAGAAUCUGCCUCUGAUGGAAUGAAUCUUUGAUAUAAAAGCUUAUUUUAUUUAGGAGUUGUUUUGUAUUUUUAUGAGGGGAACGUCAAUUUAGAUCAUUUUUUAUACAUAUUAGUUUGAUUUAUUUAAGAAAACUGUUUGAAUUACAAUUACGGUUAGGAUUUUAUCAUGGUCAGCAUACAUAUCAUUGCAUGCAUUGUUCUUUUUCAAAUGUACUGUAAAAUGAAAAAUCAAAUAGAAUGUGGUAGAUUCAUAAACUGCUGAAAUGAUGCAAUUCAGAGAUGGCAUGAACUAUUCACUGGGCUGCAUGAACACUGCAUGUCUUGAGAUACAUUACUCCAAUGUCAUUACAAAAAGCCUUGUCAACCUGAAAUUCACAACUGGAUUGAAAAAAGUGUCAGAACGUAAGAGAAUAGACAUAUUUUGCACUUUCUGAAUCGAAUCAUGAUGAAUUAAAAGGUUACUUACCUUAUGUAAAAUAAAAAAAGUGCCAGACACAAUGAAGGAAACCGAUGCUGCUGAUAACUGUACAGUUUUGAUAAAGCAGAUUAAAUGAGAGGAGAGGAGCACCUCAUAGUUUCUGUACUACAUCACUUGCUGUAUUUUUUUAUUACUUGUCUGGUUUUAGUUCUGAUCACAUAAUUUCAGCUUUUAGAAUCUUACUGUUUAGUUUUGUGAAUAUACAUUAUUAAUUAACAACAAUAAAAACACAAUUAUUAUUUUA